AAAAAAGAUAGAACGAAAUAAGCGGGAAGUAAGAACGGCGGGCUGUGCAAGCAGGAGUCUCCAUACCUGUGAGUGUGUGACAGAGAGAGAGAGAGAGAGAGAGAGAGAGAGAGAUGAGAGGGGGAAGACGAAGGCCGAAGGACUCCAUACCCGAGCGACCCUCCGUCGACCCUCGACAGUUCACAUCCACCACUAGUCACCGCGACAGCAGAGACUCUGACGCAAGCUUCGGCAGCAGCCGCCCUUCCUUUUCCUCAUCCGGUAUCACUCGCGCCGCCUCUUCCAUUCCCAUUAACGACCGCUCCUACCAAUCUAACGCCAUACGCACCAUCAACACCUAUCUCGCCUCCCACUCCUUCCCUAUCUCCCUCCGCCCCCCGCUCCCCUCCGCCAAAGACAUCACCGAAACCCUCCGUUUCCUCUGCCACCGCCUCGAUUGGCCCGAUCUCAACAAGCUCGAAGAAGACCUCCCUCUCCUACUCAAGCACCUAAAUUGCCCCAUCAAACUCAACAAAUCCGCUCUCAAAGCCCCCGGUACCCCUCACACUUGGCCCUCCCUCCUUGCCGUCAUCCACUGGCUCGUCCAGGUCGCUCUCUACGGCGAUCAUAUCUCCUCAUCAGAAACCAACACUAACAAUUUUCUACGUGACAACAAGCUCCUUCUCUAUGCGCUCAACAGUUACUCCCUCUAUAUCCGUGGUGAAGACGAUGCCGUUGAUGAUCUGGACCACGAGUUCACGGAGAAGAUGGAGCAGGAGAAAAAUGCGGCUGCCGAGAAGGUUAGGUUAAUGGAGGGAGAGGUCGUGAAUCUCGCGGCCGAGAUUGAAGCCCUGAGGACUGCGCCAUCCGCGAGUGAACAGCGAGAGAAGGAUAAGUCUGUGUUGGAGAAGGAUGUUCAGAAGUUUCAUACUAUUAUUGAGGAGAUUUCGAAUGGGAUUUUGCUGGUGGAGGCGGCUUUGAAGGAGAAGGAGAAGGAAUUGGAGACAAAGAUUAGGGAGAAUCAGAGGAUUUGUGAGGAGAAUGAGGAGUUGAAGAAGAGUAUCGAUUCGCAGACUGUGAAUGCCAGGGAUGCGGAGAGGAUGAAAAGGGAGUUACAGGCUGUGGAGAGGGAUAUUGCGGAGGCAGAGGCUUCGAGGAAUGUGUGGGAGGAGAAGUCGUGGGAUCUUGAUGCUGCGCUGGGGCAUAAAUUUAAGGAGCUUGAGAGUCUUUCAAUCGAAUGCAACCAGGCUCUUAGGAGGUUAAAGCUUGGAAAUGAUUUUCAAUAUGUGCUUAAUGCCAAAGGAUCAACACCUGCUGAAGUAUUAGGGAUCGACUACAAAUCCAAAAUUAAGCCUGCACUCACUUCGUUAAUUGAUAGCAUAAAUAAAAGCUCUGUUACAAAGUUGGAGGAGUUGAUUUCGCUUCAGCAACAGUCAAUAGACAAUGAUUCUAAGCUUGAGUCAAAAAGAAACCGUCUUGCAGCGCUCCAGUCCAGAGUUGAUGAAGUUGAAGCUCAAUUGAACAUGUUGAAGAAGGAAAUACAUGACUGCAAAUCCAGAUAUGCAGUGGAAGCUAAGAAAAAGGUGGAAGACAUUGAGAGGGAGAUGCAUGAGAUGGAUAUGGUGGAAAGAGAAGCAGAAGAAUUUUUGAAGACUUCCAAAGCAAAUCUACAGCUGGUGAUAGAAAAAACUGAAGAAGAAACACAGAAGUGUGCUCGUGAACUGGUAAUGUUGGUUGAUUCAAUCUCAAAGUAUAAAGAGAGCGUGGAGUCCAUGAUCUUGCAAAUGAAGAAUGAUCUCUCGGACACUGCUAAAGCUGUGGCAGAUGCUCACAAGGGCUCCUUGCCGACACAGUUGUCAGGGGGGUGUUGGUCUUAGCAGGGGAAAAGGAAAACUAUGAAUUGAUUUGGUUGAUCCCUCUUUUACAUGUUGACACUUUCGUAGUUGUGAAAUAUAUGUUAUUUUGUGUUACUAUAAACAGUUCAUUGUUUGAA